CAUUAUUAUCAGCUUUCAUCCCCACCCCUUAUUUCUGUCAUUUCUUAUAUCAGUGCCUAUUCUGAGAGUCUCUCUAUCUCUCCAAGUGUCUUUAUAGGGAAGGGCAUCAGAAUCUCCACAGCUCUCCAGCGACUGCAGAUUGUUGAUCAUGGAUAAAGGACAGUACCCCCCUCCAUAUCCUGGAGCGCCAAUGAACCAAGUCAACCUUCCUAACCAGCCACAGCAGGUUUCCUAUCAAACCCAACCAGCUCCAAUGGUAGUUUACAACCAACAGCCCGUCAUGUCCACCGUCCCUCAGAUGGUCCAGCCUGGGCCUGCCCCGGCCACAGUGGUAAUUAUUCCACCACGUCUGACUGAAGUUCCUGGGCAGAUGCAAUGUCCUCACUGCCAGCAGCAGAUCGUCACAGAGACGACAUACAUCAAUGGGACUUUUGUGUGGGUCAUCUGUGGAACUCUUGGCAUUUUAGGGAUCUGGCCAUGUUGUUUGAUUCCUUUCUUUGUGAAUGCCUGCAAGGACGUAGAGCAUCACUGUCCAAGCUGUAAAAGCCUCGUCCAUGUGUUCAGACGCAUGUAGCUGUUCUGAAGCGGAGAAAAUCUGAACGAACAAAAGAAAAACUUUACAGACAGCAUCUUAUGGACAUUACUGGACUUAAUAAUUCAAAGAAAAUAAUACCAUGAUGUGGGGUUCUCUUUCUCUUUUUUAUGCAAAUAUAUAUAAAUAAAGAUAUAGACAUAGAUGGAUAUAGAUAUAGAUGGAUGGAUGCUGAAGGUUAAACUCUUUUCUUAUUGUAAAAUUCAUAAUGCAGGAUCUUGUAAUGUUAUCAAGCAAAACAUCUUACUUGUUGCCAUUUUUGAACAACCCGUGUUUUUAAUUCAGUGUUUUGUUUUGUUUUUUAAAAAAGAAAUGUUAAUCUAAAGGUCUGCCACACCAAUUUUUUUCUAAAAAAUCUUAAAAAGCUUGAAGGUAUUCUGCAUGUAUGUCUUUGGGUGCUUCUGUAAAAAUCACUUUUUGGUUUCUAAUUUAAAUUCUGACUCCAUGGAUAGUUUUUUCCAACUCAAAUUUUUUUAAUUAUUAUUUGAAUUUACUGUGUAACCUUAACCUAACCCUAACUAAUAAUACAAUUAGUUGUAGUUUGGGGAUUUUGCUGUGUAAUGAACAAAUAUUUGAGACCACGGGAUACCUAGAAUAAUCAAAUCCCCAUUCCUCCCAGCAUGCAUUAUGUCACCAUUGUUGAGAUUCAUACACUGAUUCUUGAUGUGUUUGUGUCUAAAUAUAAAAGCAGUUCAAAAUGUUUUGUGCACAAUGUGUUUAAAAAAACUAACUGACUACCACAACAGUGCAGGUUAAAGUGCUCUUGCUAUAGUAUCAGUGUUUUUAUAAUACAAUAUUUGAUUUUGUUUAAUAACCUUUUGAUCAGUGAUAAACUAAGUGAUAAAU